AUGUUUGAUGUGGUAGAUGAAGAAUUAACUGAGGAUAAGCAUCAAACACAUUCACCAAACGAUCGUGAUAAUAAUAAUACAACAAACGAUUCACAUAAAUCAUCUCAAGAAUCAUUACAUUUAUCAUCAAUGCAAUCAUUAACUGUAAAUGAUGAUACAAAUCCACCACCAUCAACAACAACAACAUCAAAAACUUCACAAUCAUUAUUUGCGAAAUUAACUGAUGCGAAGAAAACUUUAUUUGGUCGUACAACUGCUCCUGAUCCAUCAUUUUCAUCAGCUACACAAAAUAAAGCUUUAUUAACUUAUAUUCUCUCUGAACCUCAACCACAAUUAGAUAUUAUACAAGAAUUUGAACGUAAUGGUGCACAAUUAAAUUGUAUUACUGAAGAAGGAAAUACUGUAUUACAUUUACUUGCACGUGCUGAAAUACAUUCAACUGAAUGUAUUCAUAUUGUGGAAUAUUUAACAAAAAAAGGUGGUUGUGAUGCUAAUAAACAAAAUGAUUAUGGAUGGACAGCAGCUCAUUAUGCAUUAGCAACACGUAAUACUGAUUUAGCUUUAUUCUUACUUAAAGUUAUGGAUGAUGUUAAUGUUCCAACAUUUGAACGGCAUUUUGAUUAUCCAAGUCAAACACAUCUACUUCAUGUUGCAGCACAUAAAAAUGAUAGUUUAAGUGUACGUUUAUUAAUAAAAAAUUAUAAAGCUCGUAUAAAUGUUUUUGAUGAAGAUGGUUUAACACCAUUACAUAUAUGCUGUUACGAUGAUAAUAUUGAAGCAUUAAAAGCUUUAUUAGAAAAUGAUGCUGAUUUUCAAAAAGGUACACGUUUAAAUCCACUUGAAACACCUGUAUGUAUAUGUGUUAAAUAUCAAUAUGAUUCAUGUUUAAAAGCAUUAUUUGAUUUAACAACAAAUUUUAAUUGGAAACGUUAUUUUUCUCAAUUACCACGUUCACCAUUAUUAUGUGAUUUUCCUAGUAUAAAUGCUAUUGAAUUACUUGUUGAACAUUCACUUGAUAUAAAUGAAUGUGAUGAACAUGGUAAUACAUUUUUACAUUAUUUAGUUAAUAAAAAAGAAAUUGAUUAUGAUAAAUAUGUUGAAAAAUUAAUUGAAACAUCAGCUGAUUUUAAUCGACAAAAUUUACUUGGACGUACACCAUUUCUUGAUGCAUUAGAACAAAAUAAUUUUCAAUUACUUGCCGUUUUUCUUCGUCAUAUUGAAGUUACAAAUAUAAAUAUACUUGAUCCAUUUUUAAAUACAGCUUUACAUUAUUGCAAAUAUUUAGAUGAAAAAUUUAUUUAUGAUAGUGUUUUAACAUCAAAUCCAACAUCAUUAAAUGCACAAAAUCGUGAUGGACAAACACCAUUACAUGAUGCAAUUAUUUGUGAUAAUUAUUCAUUUGCACAAUAUCUUCUUCAACAUAAUUGCGAUGUUAGUUUAACAAAUAAAGAAGGAAAUACACCACUUCAUUUAGUUGCAAGAGAUGAUAAUAUACGAAUGUAUAAAUUAUUAAUGAAAUAUGCCCAAUUAGAUUUAACUAUAACAAAUCGUAUGGGUAAAACACCAUUACAUUUAGCAUGUGCAAAUGAAAAAGCUAAUGUUGCAGCUUUAUUAAUUAAUAAAAUGAAUACUGAACAAUUAAAUGCAUUAGAUAUACAAGGACGUACACCAAUACAUGAAUGUGCAGAGAAUAUUAAUGGUGUAUUAGCAAGAUAUUUAAUUCGUCAUGGUGCAGAUGAAAAUUCAAAAGAUAUACGAGGAAAUACAGUUUUACAUUUAACAGCAGAAAAAGGUAAUGUUGAAUUAGUUCGUACAUUAAUUAAAUCAUCAAAUGUUGAUAUUAAUCAAUUAAAUGCUGAUAAUCAAUCACCACUUAGUUUAGCUAUAUUAUAUAAUCAUGAUGAUGUUAGUAAACUUCUACUUAAUGAACAAAAAAUUCAUAUACAAUCAACUGAUUUAAAAAUGGCUAUGCAAAUGAAUAAUUAUGAAAUGGUACAAUUAUUACUUGAAAAAGAUCGAAAUUGUUUAAAUGUACGUUCUUCAACACAUGGUGAUAUGAUUAUUCAUACAUAUAUGAGAUUUAAUUUAAAUAAUUCGAUUUGUCUUGAAACAUUACUUUCAUUUAUUUCCGAUAAUGAAUUAUUAACAUAUUUAUCUGAAUGUAGUUUAACCAAUGGCGAUAAUUUACUUCAUAUAGCAGCUCGUGAAGAUACACCAAAUGCUUUAAAUUGUUUUCUUAAUAUAUCUCGUGUGAAAUUUUGGUUUUGGGCUAAUAUGAUGUUACGAAAAAAUAAUGAUGAUAAAACUCCAUUGGAAUUAGCUAAUGAUUUUAAACAUUAUGCUAUUAUUAAACAAAUUAAUUCAAAAUGGAAAGAAUCUUAUGAACAUUUAUCACAUUCAUUACGCGAUGGUCAUUGUGGUGUAUCAUCAACAGGUGUUACACAAGCUAAACGACAAUGUUUUCAUUGUCAACAAACAGGUUUCAUACAAACAACACAAGGACAUCUAAGACCAUGUGAAAAAUGCAAUAUUUGCUUAUAUAAAUCACUUGAUAAUAGUAUGCAAGUUUUUCUAGCUUUAUUAUUCAGUGAUGAAUCUAGUACAAUCGCACUUGAUAUAAUGGAUUCAUUAAUUGUUGUUAAUGAAGUACAAAAAGCUGUUCAUCUUUAUCUCGAUCAUAUCGAACCAUGGGAAGAAUUUGAUUCAAUUGAUUCGAAUGAUUCAUCAAAUCUUAUUGGUGAAUUAGUUAUGGCUUCUGAUAUACGAAAAAGUAAACUUAAAACACAAAAUAAAGAUAAAUCAAUAGCAAAUCCAUCAUCAAUUAAUAAAUUAGUAGCAUCAUCUCAAAUUAAUAAUCCUGCAAGUACACCUUUAUUAAAUGUUCCAUCUAACGUACCACGACCAUCAAUUACACAUAAAUUUCGACCAGAUGGUACAUUAAUGCGUCCAAUAACGCCAUUAGAAGCUAUUUAUUAUCAUGAACGUCUUGAUUUAAUAACUCAUCCACUUAUAAAAGGUUUAAUUAAAUGGAAAUGGGAUAAUUUUGCAUCACAACAUUUUUAUAUUGGUUUAGCACUUGAAGUAUUAUUUCUUAUAUCAUGGACAUGUAUUUCAUUAAUAACACCAUUUCCUAUUCGUUAUGUUUAUCGUUUUCCAUAUGAUAUAUGGCGUUGUAUACUAUGGGCAAUAAGUGUUGGUUUUCUUAUAUGGAAAAUAAUUCAAGAAAUGUUUGAUAUAACAUAUGCACGAUUACGUUAUGAAGAUUUUCUUAUUUGGGAAUCGGAACGAACCAAUACUCGAUUAGAUUUAAUGUCAAAAAAUACAUAUAAACCAAAUACAACAGGACAAUCAUCACAAUUAGAUGUGAAAAAAAUUGGUAGUGUAGCAAAAUUAAAUGAUGAUACUGGAGAAGUUGAACAUAUUGUUAUAAAUGAAUCUGCACCAAUCAUAUCAAAUAUACGUUCUCAUCAUUCUCAACAUCAUCCAUUACCACCGAAUAUACCAACAAUUAUCAAAGGUAAACCUAUUGAAACUCAAUUAAUACAACAAAUACCUGUUGAUAUAAUUGUUAAUUCAUCUGAUUCAUCGAAUAAUCCUUCGAGUAGUGUAAAAAGAAAAACAGUACCUGCACCUUCUGUUGAUAAUCCAUUUCUUUCAUCAUCAACAUCACCACGGCGAGCAUCGCGAAUUGCUCGAUUUGCUCGACGUUUUCGAGAUCGUGCAAGAACACGUAUUAAAUCUUAUUAUAUGUAUUAUUCAUUAAAUAAUUUAUUCGAUUGGAUUAUUUAUAUACUAUGCAUACUCACAACAGUAACACAUGGUAUUGAUAUAAGUGGACAUACAGUAAUACGUGCACGUAUACAUAUGUAUAUUGCAUCAGUUACUGUUAUAUGUUUAUGGUUUCGUUUCAUGGUCUUUUUUCGAACAAUAAUUAUAUCAGUAAAAUCAUUACGAUCAAAAUUAGUUGAAAUUAAAUUAGGUGAAUUAGUUAUAAUGGUAAGUUUAAUUAUUUUAUAAUAAUUCAUCAAGUUAAGUGAGCUCCAAAUAUGAAGGUUAUGAGUUUUGCGACAGAUUGUAACUGUGUGUUAUUUUUCCUUGUGCAUCACCAGUCGACUUAGCACAGUCCAGAGCAGUGGCGGAUUUAGGGAGGGGGGGGGGGCAAUGGGGGUGAUCGCUCCCCUUCCGAAUUUUUUUUUACAGCAAAAAUGAACGAAAAAAUAGAUUCACACUACUUCUGUUGGACUCACAAAAUAGCUUUUAACCAAAAACGAUCCCCCCCCCC